AUGGCAUCUUCAUCACUGCACUCCCAUUUGGAAACAACAAAACCACUUCUCUCAAACCACGAUGUCUCAUCCCCAGACCACCACGAAAUCUCGGAGGCACAAACAAGUGAACUCAACGCGAAGUCUCCCUCCCUCACCAAAACCAUCGCGUUAUUCAUGACCCUGCACUUCCUACUUGCAUUCACAGAACUAUUACUCGUAGCUCCGCUGUUAAAGCUGUAUGAGGAAUCAGUUUGUGAGCGAUUUUAUGAUGGGAGAGACGGAGGGUUUGUGGGGAGAUAUGAGGAUGGAUGUCAGGUGACGGAGGUUCAAAGGGAUGUGGCUAGGAUUCGAGGUUGGAAGAGUAUGUGGGAUGGGAUUGUUGUUCUCCUAGUAACCAUUCCCUUUGGUAAAUUAGGCGAUUACAUUGGUCGCAAAAAGGUUAUAGCUAUCGCCCUCACAGGCGUAUUUUUCAGCCUCAGCGAGAUCUUUGUAGUUUGUGCCUUUCCCAAAAUCUUCCCCUUACAACUCAUAUGGCUAUCAUCCGCAAUCUUGCUUUGCGGUGGAGGUCUAAACUCGGCGAGUUCAUACAUGUGGGGAUUGGCCGCUGAAUGCAUUCCAGCUACCAACCGGCAAGCUACUCCCAACCAUGAAAGAAAAAUAGCUGACAUAUAUCAUAGAAGCCACGCAUUCUACCUCAUAUUCUCCGCAUUCUACAUCGCCGAAAUGAUAGCCUCCACCCUCGCAGCCCUAACAACAGACAUCUCACCCUGGAUCCCCUGUGUCCUCUCCCUCCUCAGCACCCUCCUCGCCCUCAUCCUCCUCCCCUUCUUCCCCUCUCCAUCCCCUUCCUCUCACCCAUCCUCACCCUCUCACCCAACGUCCCCCUCCAACCCGCCCCCCUCCCUCCUAACAACCCUCCACACCCUCCCUCCCACCCCCCUCCUCACCAUCCCCGUCCUCCUCGUCGGCAUCCUCCGCUACACAACCCUAACAAUCCUAAUCCAAUACGCCCACAUUCACUUUUCCCAAAAGAUCUCCGCAGGCGCAGCAUACUACACCGAGACCGCCCUCAUAAACACCAUCCUCUUCCUCUUCCUCAUCCCAAAACUCACGUCCUACAUCCGGCUCACCUACAAAACCAACCCCGAGAAAAUCGAUCUCUUUCUCGUGCGCGCGAGCGUGGCGUUGAUGUGUGCGGGCUCUCUGAUGCUGGGGCUGUUGAAGUCGAACACGUAUAUUCCAAUUGCUGUCGCUAUCUUCGCAUCAGGCUUCGGAUCCCGCGUCUCUGCGUUAGCGCUGAUAUCGUAUUCCAUCCCCGCGGCCUCGCAACCUGUCGUAUAUGCCGGCAUCACGGUCUUGGAGAGCGCGGGACAUGCGGUGGGGGAUCCGUUGAUGUUGCAUGUUUUUGCGGGGUCGUUGGAUGGGAGGGUGUUUUUUGUUGUUGCUGGGUUUUAUUUCUGUGCGGUUGUGAGUACGAGUUUCAUCAGAAUUACGGAGAGGGAGAGGGAGGAUGAGAGGGAACGAGUGGAUUAG